AUGGCAAUGGAUCGUCAGGUGAAUCCAAUUAACAAUCUUCCCUAUCGGCUAUCAAGACUACCAAUGUCCAUCACCAAAGAUAUCGACGGUAAUGACGUCAUCACGUGCAUUAUCAACAAAGCCGACUUCAAAGAGAUGGUCAUUAGACUGACCAGCCAUCCCCCAUACAAAUUUCAUUAUUGGCAUCAACCUCCACCACAGCCUCGCCCUCCACAGCCUCGCCCUCAACAGCAUCGCCGCCGGGGCCGUCCCAUCGGUAGCAAGGGUCGUAAGCGAAAGAACAUUGCCGUCCCCAUUAUGACAAACGCCGUGACCACCACCACCUCCACAGCUGAAAUACCCAACACUCCACCACCCUCGCCACCGACGUCGUUGCCUCCAAUGCCGCCUUCACCGUCCCCUUUGCCACCGUCUCCGUUGGUGCCGCCUUCUCCCCAAGAGGAAGAGUCUAUGGAUGCUUCGGUGGCUGCUUGUAUGACUGAAGACAAUUCCAACCAGGAGCAUUUGUCUGCAUGCCUUCCUCUGAUUCCAACAAGUGAAGCGGAUCAACAACAACAGAAGGACAUUAAUCCACCAACAUCAUUGAAAAUUCUACCAACAAUAACUCAAGACGGGUUUAGUUUUCCCAAUGAUCUAUCAUUGGAGAAUGUUACACCACAAGCUCUAGAGACUUCACCGCCCUCAACUCUACCCGGGCUCAGUUUGGCCGACGAUCUACCGUUGGAGAAUGUUCCACCACCAGUUCCAACAACUUUACCAACAGAGAAUCUCUACUGGACCCAGUUUGCGAAUAAUAUACCAUUGGAAGACAUUCCAUCACCAGAUCCGGAGAUUUUACCCUCCGGAGAUCUACAUUGGCCUGGAUUUGAUAAUGAGCUGCCAUUGGAGGACGUUUCACCACCGCUUUUGGCGAGUUUACCGUCCGAGGAUACAGACUUGCCCCAGUUCACAAAUGGUCAACCAUUGGAGAGCAUUCCACCACCAGUUCCGACGAGUUUACCGUCCGAGAAUCUAGACUUGCCCCAAUUUUCGAAUGGUGUACCAUUGGAGAACAUUCCACCACUGGAGGCUUUACCUUCGGAGAAUCUAGACUGGCUCGAUUUUCCGGCUGAGCUACCGUCGGAGAACAUUCAACCACCUUUAGCGGCGACUUUCCCGUCCGAGAAUCUUUACUUGCCCAGUUUUACGAAUAGUGUAUCAUGGGGGAGCGUUCCAUCACCAAUUAUGGCGACUUUACCGUCCGAGAAUCUUAACUGGCCAAGUUUUACGAACAAUGUACCAUGGGAGAGCGUUCCACCACCUGUUCAACCGACUUUACCGUCCGAGAAUCUCUACAGGCCCCAGUUUGCGAAUAAUCUACCAUUGGAGAACGUUCCAACAACUUUGUCGACCGAGAAUCUUUACUGGUCUGAAUUUCCGAACGAGAGCUUGAUGUUGUCUCCUCCAAACUUUCUGGCUGAGCCCGAGACCUCCCCUGCCUUGAUGCUGUCUGCAAACAGCUGUAUGCUGUCGUUGCCCACGACGGGGCUGGUUAAUCACCUGAAUUAA